AUGGCCGCAAUCAGAAAUAAUAUAGCUGUGUCCUUAACAAGUGAAGACGAAGAAGGAAAUUUAGAAUUAAAUAGAAAAAAGCGUUUAAGACUUUUAAAUAAAAAACAAAAAUAUCAAAAACAACAACAAAAUUUAUUUAAAAAUGAUAAGAAAAAUGGAAAAACGACACAAUUGUGUGAGGUCGGCCUGAAUGUAAAUACUUGUAUUUGUACAAACCGUCAUUUAUGUAAUAAUGUAUCAGUGGUUGAGCCUUAUAUUGAAUUCUCUGAUAAUAUUUUUACUGGGAUUGAUUUUGAUGAAUUGGCACAUUUUAGAUUUUUAUUGCCAAAUGACCCUAUACUUAAAGAAUUUGAAAAUCAACGCAAAAAUGUUUUGGGAGGAAUUAAUCGAGUAGGGGGAAAUUAUUUACUUGUGAGGGAUGAUAUAAACAAAUCUUUUAAAAAUAAUUUUGAUAUUUUAUAUUUUUUUAUAAUUUAUUAUUUCCUAAAUAUUGUGAUUUAAAAUUGUGUUAUUAAAUUUAAAUUUAAAAAAUUAAUUUUCCGCCAAUUUUGGAUUUUUUGUCAUUUUGGGAUCUUUUGUCAUUUUUCGGAAAAAUUUUAUCUUUUGCCUGUUUUUCGCCUAUAACUUUUUUUAAAUUUGACCUAAAAUUUUUAUUAUGGUCUUAUUUUGUAGUA